GGGGGUUCCAGGGCCGGGAGGGAUUCUGGCUGUCUCUCAAAGAUUCCGCGGCCCUUUGUUCCCUGACUGGUGUCUGGACCAAACUUGGGCCAGGCUUUCGCGGCUACUGGACGGCUCCCGACCAGCUCAAGUGGCGGGAGGUGGGCUGAGAAAAGGCUGCAACAGAGGCGUGCAAGAGAGGUCCUAGAAUCUUUAUAUGCAGCUUUCAAAGAAGAAUGGAGGAAAAUAUGAAGUUUGCUACAGUGGAAGACACUGUGGAGUACCACCUUUUCCUAAUACCAGAUGAACCAAGAGACCCAGAAAAACAUAAAGAGAUUCUUCAUAAGUAUAUUGAGAGGAUAAUGACCCAGUUUGCCCCUAUGCUGGUCCCAUAUAUCUGGCAAAAUCAGCCUUUCAAUCUCAAAUGUAAACCUGGAAAAGAAGGUGUUCCGGCUCAUAUGUUUGGCGUGACAAAGUUCGGGGAUAACAUUGAGGAUGAAUGGUUUAUUGUUUAUUUAGUAAAGCAAAUCACAAAGGAAUUUCCGGAGUUAGUAGCAAGGAUUGAAGACAAUGAUGGUGAAUUCUUAUUAAUAGAAGCUGCUGACUUUCUCCCUAAAUGGUUGGAUCCUGAGAAUAGUGCCAAUAGGGUGUUUUUCCACCAUGGGGAGUUGUGUAUUAUUCCUGCACCAAGGAAACCUGGAGCAGUAUCCUGGUUACCCGCCACAACCCCAACAAUUCCACAAGCAUUGAAUAUAAUUUCAGCACACCCAGAAAAAAUUUUGGCUUCAGAAUCUAUACGAGCUGCUAUAACCAGGCGCAUCAGAGGAUACCCAGAAAAAAUUCAAGCCUCCCUUCAUCGAGUGCACUGCUUCCUUCCAGCUGGCAUUGUAGCAGUGCUAAAGCAGCACCCCAGAUUGCUGGCAGCAGGAGUCCAGGCAUUUUACCUCCGGGACCCCAUUGACUUGAGAGCCUGUCGUAUUUUCAAGACAUUCUUGCCUGAAACACGAAUAAUGACAUUGGUCACUUUCACUAAAUGUCUGUAUGCACAGUUGGUGCAACAAAGGUUUGUGCCAGACCGGCGGAGCGGAUACAAGCUGCCUCGUCCAUCUCAUCCCCAGUACCGAGCCUAUGAAUUAGGCAUGAAGUUGGCUCAUGGAUUUGAGAUCUUAUGCUCCAAAUGUAGCCCACAUUUUUCUGACUCAGAGAAAUCCCUCAUGACUACCUCACCACUCUGGACUGGCUUCCUUGAAAGUCUAAAAAAGAAUGACUACUUUAAGGAACUGAUAGAGGGUUCUGCUCAGUACCUGGAAAGAGUAGAAAUGGCAAAGAACUACUUCCAACUCUCAGUAAACCAGCCAGAAAGCGCUCAAGCUAUGAGCCCAGGUGAAGAAAUCUUAACCCUGUUACAGACAAUAUCAUUUGAUAUAGAAGAGCUUAAGAAAGAAGAAGCUAAUCUUCCCCCAGAAGAUGAUGACCAGUGGUUAGAUCUCUCACCACAUCAGCUGGACCAGCUACUGCAGGAAGCUGCUGGCAAAAAAGCUGCAGAGCCUAUUUCCAAGGAGGAAAAGGAGAACUAUGACUUAACUCAAGUCUCAGAGAGCAUGAAAGCUUUCAUAUCCAAAGUCUCAACCCACAAAGGAGCAGAGCUGCCUCGAGAACCUUCUGAGUCUCCAAUCACUUUUGAUACAGAUUCUUUUCUUAAUUAUUUUGAUAAGAUUUUAGGACCAUGGCCUCGGGAGUCGGACUCUGAUGAUCUGGAUGAGGAAGACUUUGAAUAUUUAGAGAGUGAUGAUGACUUGGAUCUCAAAACACAGGAUCCUGGGGAAGAAGCAUCUGUAAAAGGAACUCUUGAUGGUCUCAAGUCAUACAUGGCCCAGAUGGACCAGGAAUUGGCACAUACCAGCAUUGGCAAAAGUUUCACCACCCAGAAGCAAAUGGAACCUCUAUCUCAGAUUGUCAAUAACAGCUCAGAUGAGGAAGAUUCUGGUGCAGAAGGAUCUAUUAUGACAGCCGCAGAUAUAGAUCUGAACCUGGUUUCAAAUAUAUUGGAAUCCUAUAGUUCACAAGCUGGACUGGCAGGACCUGCUUCUAACCUUUUACAAAGCAUGGGAGUACAGCUGCCUGACAGCACUCAUCACAGACCCACAAGUAAGCCAAUGAAAGAUUAACCAGCACACCUAGCCACUCUUUUUUCUUAAAUAAAUAUUGAGUCUGAUUGUGCUCGUUUCUAGUUUAGAUUACUCAUUAAGUAAAAAUGUUUCAUUACAAGUUUCACAGGUUGACUUCUACCCUGUGAGUCCCAAAUGUUGCCCUCUCUGCUUAAGUCUUUGUGAUCCCAACUCGGGUGCAUACAAAGUUUUGAAGUCAGCAGGAGAGAGAAAAUUGAGCCCCUGGACAGCCCCUGAAAGGAAGAUAGGCAAAAAUAAGGAAUGAAGGAGGUUUUGUUUUAUUCUAGCUACCAGAACUGACCUUUAGCCAGGCUCACUGUGGCAUCAAAUAUAUUUGUUUUAAUGUUUUACCUGUUUUUGUUAUUCUGCUUCAUGGACCAAGUAGGUUCUUUAUCUUUAACACCUUUAUAAUUGCCACAUGAAUAUUCUCCAGCCAGGUAAGCCCUGUACCCAUACUUUCUUUUAUUUAUCUGCCAUUUUCAGUAUCCCAACCCCACCCUCUUUUGCCUCAGCUUUCAGAUAUCCUUGGAGGUCUAAGAAGCAAAGCCCACUCCUUACUCACUGCUGGGAAACAAAGUUCAGUAUUACAGCUCCUCCUAUUAGCCUCUCUCAUCUUUUCUUUUUCAAAACAACACAGUAAUCCAAAAGCAAACAGUUUCUCAUGGGUAAGUUUGAAAAACUCAUAACCAGGAAUCCUGCACACUCCCCUUUCUAUCAGUAUUUUCAGAUAUUGGGGAUGUGUACACAUGUGCUCACAAACACACCCACAGAGAGAUAAAAAAGAUUGGGAGACAGUAAUACACAUGGACCCUGAACUGUUUUCUUCUAACUGCAAGAUAUGAAGAAAUCUCAGAACCUCUCUUUCGAGAGUACUUUUCCCUUCUUGAUGCUAGGUUCAUCUUGGGUCAGGGCAAGCUGCCAAUCUAACAGGACAAUCAAGUCCUAUCACAUAUUAUCCCUCAGCAUUUCCUGAUGAAGGCACUUUGAUUUCCCCAAAGCAAUGAUGGUUUGCUGGCAAUGGCAAGAGCAGUGACCUGGGAUCAAAAGGAAUUUCAGUGCUUCAACUUGUUUAGUUCUAGAAUAUCUUUUGCUUAGUCCUUUGGGACUUUAAUAUGUAAAUAAUCUUAAGAUCUCUGGCACUUGUGUCUUUAAUCACAAAUUAGUACCUAAAAUCAUCUGAAGAUACACCUCUUUCCCCAGCCAUUCCUAUUUUCAAACAUACCUCUAUCGAGAUAUUUCUUCUCCACAUUGUUUCAGUUGUUCCACAGACUUGGACUCUUCCUCUAGUUUGUCAUAUUAAUUAGAGAGAUUCCUUUUCUCCCUGCAUCACCAAAUUCUCACUUUCUAUAAUUUCCUCACUUCAUAAGACAAAAAAAUACAUCUGAACAGAGGUGUGGAAAUUUAUUUUAUUUCUUCCAGAUAAAUUCUUCUCCCCUAUGAUAGAAUGGUAAAUAUGAAUGAUAAGAAAUCCUAAAUUUGGUUUAUUCCAUUAAAACACAAGAAGUGGUUCAUCCUCACUAAUCUCUCAGUUGAAGUUAUUGAGUAUACAAAUGGCAGCAACCAUUUUACA